CUUCCCCUCUCCCAUAAAAUCUCUCUCCCUCUCUCUCUCGGCCUCUCUCUCUCUUCCAUUAAAAGGAUAAAAUUGUUGAUUCUAUAAGCCAUAUAGAAGAGUUCUUAACUUACAGAUCUCUGCAGUCUCCAGUUCUUCAUUAUGGGCCAUUUCUGGGCUUUUCUCUCUCUUAUCCACUCUCUAGCUGGGCCAUCGCUCACACUCUUAUACCCCUUAUAUGCUUCUGUUUGUGCGAUCGAGAGCACGUCCAAGCUGGAUGAUGAGCAGUGGUUAGCUUAUUGGAUUCUUUACUCUUUCAUCACUCUCAUGGAGAUGGUGGCAGCGCCUAUUUUAUAUUGGAUACCAAUAUGGCAUCAAAUAAAGCUUGUAGUGGUGGCUUGGCUCGUUCUUCCACAGUUCAGAGGGGCUUCCUUCGUAUAUGAAAGGUUCGUGAGAGAGCAGCUGAAGAAGUAUAGAGUUAAGACUGGUGAGCAUGAUUAUGUGAAGGAAGGAGAGUCUGAAUGAGGUGGAAUGAGAAGAACAUGGAUGAAGAAAUGUGAGAUGUCUUUGCUUUCGUUAUCUAAUUAGAUUAUGUUGAUUCUAUUUUGUUUUGGAGUUGAGAAAUUGAAGAGGUGGAGAGAAAAUAAAGAUAAAAGAACAUUAGUAUGAAUUUUUAAAUUUAUAUAUUAUCAACAUUAAAAUAAUCAGCUCCCUCAGCUAUAGCAAAUUGAAUGAGGUGUUUUAUGAUGGACAUAUAAUGGAUAUUAAAUUAUGAAUAAUGCCUGCUCUCAUUUUCCUAUUGAUGUAAUGAGAUAUGUAGAUGAUAGAGAAGGGGAAGAUUUGUCUAUGAAAACUUAAUAAGG